CUUGUGUUUUGGGAGUAGCAGUGAUUGCUCGGGCUUAUCGUCCUAGAUCAAAGAGUGGCCUUCCUCUCCCACCUUCUCCUCCCAAUUGGAGACUCAUGGGACACUUCCUUCCCCCUCGCAAUUCAUUUCUUACUGUAGCGGAAUGGAUUAAUGAGUAUGGUCCUGUAAUUACCAUUCGCGCAGGAACUGAGAAAGUUGUCAUUAUCGGCCGCCACAAAGCAGCUGUGGAAAUUAUGGAGAAGCAGGGCAGAGUGCUUGCUGAUCGUCCUCCUAUGAAUGCUGGACAAAUGAUUACCGGCGGAUUAGCCAUUGGUUUCACAGGCGUCGGGGACAAGUUCCGUCGGAUGCGUAGAGCGAUUCAUACGCAUCUCCAGCCUAAAGCAGCUGAGGCAUAUCAGCCUAUGCAGAUGUCAUUUGCGAAGAACACAGUCCUUAAUGUUCUUGAUGAUCCAUCCGACUUCCAGAACCACGUGAUAAGUUAUGCUAUGACGACGAUUCUGACAGUGGCAUAUGGGAAGGAUACACCUACAUCUGCAACUGACCCCGAAGUCAGGGCGAUUCGUCAGUUCAUGUCUGUAUUUCGGACAGUCCUAAGCCCUGGCGCUUACUGGGUGGACACGAUCCCCUGGCUCAAAUACCUUCCUUGGUACGGCAGAAAUCUAAAAAGGGAGUUUGAGAGCAGCCGGAAAGUCUUUGUUAGUCAGAUGAACCGCUUAAAACAACAAUCACAGAGUAAUGUGGACGCAGGUCCUUCGUUCGGGAGAUAUGUGCUAGAAAAUGAACGUCUCAUUGGCUUGUCCGAGUCGGAGGCGCAUUUUCUUCCUGGCACAUUUUUUGCAGCUGGAGGUGAUUCGUCUACUGCAGCAAUAUGCACUGUGCUGAUGGCAGCUGCAUGUUUUCCCGAGGAGCAAGCUAAAGUCCAGGCUGAGCUUAAUGCGGUCGUGGGAAGCCACCGAGCACCGACCUUCGCUGAUCAAAAAUCCCUUCCUCUUUUGGACGCCUUCAUCUCUGAGGCUUUAAGAUGGAGAACGCUGAGUCCCAGUGGGUUUCCUCACCGAACAACUCAAGAUGUGAUUUGGGAAAACUAUUGCAUUCCCGCCGGAACUACGGUACUCGGUAGCAAUUGGGCUAUCUCGCGAGAUCCGGAAGUUUACCCUGAUCCUGACGUGUUCAAGCCUCAGCGUUGGAUGAAUGACCAAGGCGGCUUAAGAGACGAUCUCACAUUUUUUGUCUAUGGGUAUGGUCGGCGCAUAUGCCCCGCUUUACACCUUGCAAACAGAUCAGUGUGGAUCAACUCAGCCCUUCUGUUUUGGGCUUUCCAGCUCACUCUAGAUCCUACGAAGCCGUUGGAUGACGUGGGCUUCAUGCAUGUGGCGAUGCCACAUGUCUCUUGCCCUAUUGUGUUCACACCGAGGGUUCCAGACGCGGAGCUCAGGCGCAUCAUGCGUAUUUAUCCUGAGGUUGACACGGAAUGAGAUGCCUCUACGCCUGUGUCAUCGCCACUGAGGAGGAAAUGAAGAAGAAUCGGAAUGAAUCACCAAUAUUUCUGUCUUGUAAUAUCGUCGAUUGUGGAGUUUUUCUUCUUUUCGGAGAUCGUGUGCAGGUCUAUUACGUUCCUACACAUGUGUAGAGAAGGAAUCAUAUAAUUUUUAGAGGCCCAGAUUACCUCGAGGCGGGCCACUAAUGUUUUUUUCAGUGAAUUUCAAAACAUACUCUGACAACUCUGCACCCCGAUCAAAAUAUUUAUGAUUGUGCUCGGCACCAACAGUUUUGUGUCGGGUUGAUUUGAGCAAAGCUCACGAACUGUUGGAGUCACAUAUCACGUUUACAUUAUCGUGGGAGUCGGGAAAUAGUUCAUGACUGG